AUGUCGAAAAAACUGCAUGAACGAAUAUGCAUGAGAAUGCUGAUAGGACAUGUUCUUCUUGUGUUAACUGUACUUUUAUCAAAUGGUGAGUCAGAGAGAAACUGUUUCCCUUGUACGUGUACAUAUACAGCAUGGCGACUUAGGGAUUAUGUGUUAACUGGGGACUGCUCCAACCUAAAUCUAUCGUACAUACCAACCAUCGAUGAACUUAUCUAUAUUCUAGACGUUUCUAAUAAUAGACUUUCAGAGGAUGCAUUACUCCAUCUGUCGAAAUUUAAAAAUCUGAAAGUGCUGCGGCUGAGAUCCAACCUUCUAACAGGAUUGCCUAUGAACUUCUCCUCAGAAGUGAGUUUAAUAAACGAGAUUGACAUGUCCGGAAACAAACUUGAUCAUUUCUAUCCCUCUUCCUUGGCUACUCUCAGGUAUUUGGAUGAAAUUCGUGGGCUUGAGGCCAAACAUUUUGAUGACAAUGCUUUCAAAGGCUUUGAAACAUUGCGAGUUCUAGAUGUAACUUUUUCACAAAUAACCAUUCCAGAGAAUAUAUUUUCCGGAUUGAGGCUUCACACUUUAGCGUUCAAAAUCAUUUACUCUGAAAAUUUUCCUCCAAAUCUCUUAAGCUUUGGAAAGAAACAUCUAUCUACUUUAUCAAUACUUGCUCCAAAAGUGAAAUUUAUAAGUGGAGUCAUUUUUCAUGGACUGUCAUUGUUAGAGAACCUUGACCUCACUUUUUGUGAACUGCAAUCCUUACCUGUACGACUAUUCGCAGAUCCUUCUUCAGAAGAAAUGCCUCGACAUCUUCUGAGUUUAAGUAUUGAAGGCGUAAAAAGUUUACCAAGGGACAUCUUUCAAGGACAACAAAGAUUAGAGAGACUUACUAUGAAUGGAGUCGAGGAUAUACCAUCUGGGAUUUUUGAUCGAAUUAACACAUUGCAUCAUUUAAAUAUGUCCCAUAGUAACGUGAAGAGAAUAUCUUCAUUCUGGUUCAGUGAUCUGAGGAGCCUGAAGUCCUUAAAUCUAAGCCAUACUGGACUACAGAGACUAGACAAUCAUUCGUUCAUUGGACUGAAUUCUUUGUCUACCUUGGAUUUAUCUCAUAAUCAGUUAAAAGAUUUACCAGCAUCAGUUUUGCAACCAUUUAAAGGAACUCUUCUUUACCUGAAUGCCAAAUACAACAAUAUUAGCUAUGUAACAGACAAGACAUUUAGGGGUAUGUUUUCCUUACAAGCGUUAGAUCUUAGCUUCAAUGGCAUUCUAAAAAUAUCUUCAAGGUCACUCAGCGACUUGAGCAAAUUACAGUCACUUAACCUGCAAAACAACCGUUUGUAUUUUAUACCAGAGGAUCUUCUACAGUAUAACCAAGACUUUCAAAAUCUUGAUAUAUCAAACAACAAACUCGUAUUGUUGCCAGAAAAACUACUUGAGAAUGCCAGAUCGCUACAUUUUCUGGACGUCUCUAACAACUUUAUAUCCACUUUUCCUGAGGAUUUUUUGAAAAACUCAAGAUUUUUAGAGUUACUAGUUUUGGAUGGAAACCCUCUUCAUUGCGAUUGCAAAUUGUUUAGUAUAAGAUAUCAGACUUCUGGCAGCAUGUUAAAGAUGACUGGGAUUUGUAACUCACCUGAUUAUUUAAAAGGCAUGGCAGUAAAUGAAGCAUCAUCAAAAGAAGACUGCAGCCAAGACAAUAACACAGUUCCUAUUUCAUCUUUUCAUACACAACAAUACAUUUCAACAAAAAGUUUGCUUUCUACAACUUAUAGGAGACAAACCACCACAAAAGAUGAUGUGUUUUUAACCACUUUCCAAACACAACCUUCUCCAACUGACCCUGCAGUUGCAACCAAUGAUACAAGAGAACUCACUUCAGCGUAUGAUAAAAGACCACCCAGCACAAAAAAUAAUGUAUUUCCAAUCACUUCUGAAACACAACCUCCUCCAACUGAUUCUGCAGUUUCAACCACUUUAGAUACAGAACUCACUUCAACUUAUGAUAAACGUCUGUCCACCACAAAAGAUGAUGUGUUUCUAACCACUUCCCAAACACCACCAGAUACUCCAGUUGUCCCUAUAGCUUCAACUACAGAUACACAAGCACUCAUUUCAAGUGACUUGGGGAUUUCUUCUACUUUAGACACUCAACUAGGAACACAAACAAAUAAUAUGAUCCGUACUACUUCUAUGUACUAUAUGUCUUCAUCGGGCCCAACAAAAAGUAUAAAGCCUUCAAGUUCGAGUUUUGAGUUGUUAGCAGAAACAACAAAUAUUAACUUGGCUACCAUUGUUCAAAAAACAAGCACACCUAAGCAAGAGAAAACUAGCAGCUUUUCUUAUUUUACUAAUAGUGUUACCAAAUCUCUGAAACCAGUCGUAUUCGAAGGAAAGGACUUUGAUAGUGUUACCUCCUCUGGGAUGCAAGCAUUUUAUGUAACAGUAGGCGUCAUAGGGGCCCUACUUGUGUUUGGUGUAUUUGCUUAUGUUGUACGCCAUAGAAAACUCGCAAUUAGGAGCAGAAGUUACACUGUUAACUCUAAACGUACACAAAAAAGAACUCUUCCAGAACAAGCUAUAGAUGUUUAGCUAUCAAAGACUCUCAAUAGUUACCUCAGUGCAAAAGUUCAUAAUAUAAUAUACUGGAUAAAUAUUGACAUUGUAUUAUAUUCAAGCUCGCUUCAAUUUCGCAUUUACAUUCAUGAUUUGUCAAAGUAAUGAAAAUUCCAUCCACAUGUAUAUGUGACGAGUACAAAUGUUCAUCGUUCAUGACAUAUAAGGGAUGUCUACUUAUUAAAAAUUAUGUUCAUGAAAUUUGCUACUUUUUAAUUU